AUGGGUUUGGAAUAUCAAAAGAUACAUGCAUGCCCAAAUGAUUGUGUUUUAUACAGAGACGAGUUUGCUUCACUGAAGGCGUGUCCAACAUGUGGUUUAUCGCGGUUUAAAAAGAAAAUUGAUGGAAAUAGUGGCGAUGAAGACAAAGAUGGUCCACCUGCUAAGGUGAUGUGGUACCUUCCUAUAAUUCCUAGAUUCAAACGACUAUUUUUCAUUAAAGAAGAUGCAAAAAACCUGAAAUGGCACAUUGAUGGAAGAAAGUGUGAUAAUCUUCUUCGACACCCAGCUGAUUCUCCACAAUGGAAGAAGAUUGAUGAAACAUUUCCAAAAUUUGGUGCUGAGCCAAGAAACUUAAGACUUGGACUUGCUAUAGAUGGUAUGAAUCCUUAUGGGAACUUAAGUAGCAAACAUAGUUCAUGGCCAGUUUUGCUGAUGAUUUACAAUUUAUCUCCUUUGUUGUGCAUGAAGAGGAAAUAUAUGAUGUUGUCUAUGAUGAUAUCGGGUCCUAGACAACCUGGAAAUGACAUUGAUGUGUACCUAAAGUCGUUGAUCGAUGAUUUGAAACUAUUAUGGGAAGAAGGUGUCGAUGUGUAUGAUUCAUAUUCUCAAGAAUUGUUUUGUUUGCGUGCAAUGUUGUUUUGCACCAUAAAUGAUUUUCCAGCAUAUGGAAACUUGAGCGGUUACAGUGUUAAAGGAAAGACUAAAGAUGGAGUUAAAGCACGACAAGAUUUGGCUGAAAUGGGCAUCCGUUCUGAGUUACAUGCACAAUCAAUUGGAAGACGAACCUACCUGCCUCUAGCUUGUCACACUCUUUCUAGAAAAGAGAAGCAAAUUUUUUGUGAGUGUUUAAGAAGUGUGAAGGUUCCGCAAGGUUACUCUUCAAAUAUUAGUAGCCUUGUUUCUAUGCAAGAUUUAAAGUUAGUCGGUUUAAAGUCUCACGAUUGUCAUGUGUUGAUGCAACAACUUUUACCAGUAGCUUUUCGAGCCAUCUUACCUACUUCUGUCAGAGGUAUUCUAACACGUUUGUGUAUGUUCUUCAAUGCCAUAUGCAAGAAAGUUAUUAACCCUCGAGUGUUAGACGAUUUGGAAAAUGAGGCCAUUAGACUAUUGUGUCAAUUGGAAAUGUAUUUUCCACCUUCAUUUUUCGAUAUCAUGGUUCAUUUGAUAGUUCAUCUUGUGAGGGAAAUUCGAUUAUGUGGGCCAGUUUUCUUGAGAUGGAUGUACCCAGUGGAAAGAUACAUGAAGAUCUUAAAGGGAUAUGUCAAGAAUCAGUAUCGACCAGAAGCUUCUAUUAUAGAGCGGUACAUUGCAGAAGAAGCCAUUGAAUUCUGCUCAAGUUAUAUGCCAAGUUGUGAACCAAUUGGAGUUCCUAAGACUAGACAUGAAGGUAAAUAUGAAGGUAAGGGUGUGCGUGGAGUGAAGAUUCAAAGUGUUAGUAGAAAAUUAGUUGAUCAAGCCCAUUUGUACAUCUUAAACAACACUGUAGAGGUCAUUCCUUACAUAACGCAACACAUUGAUGAAACGAAAUCAGCACAUCCACGAAUGAGUGAAAAAUGGGCACUUAAUGAACAUAACAAAACAUUCUUAUCAUGGUUUAAGAAAAAGGUUUAUGCGACUCCAAAUGUUUCUGAAACUCUAUUAAGGCUAGCUCGUGGACCGAACAAUGAUGUCAUUACAUAUGGCGGGUACUACAUAAACAAUCAUUGUUUCUAUUCAAAGAUGGAAGAUGACAAAAGUAGACUUCAAAAUAGUGGGGUUACACUUCAAGCUGAAUCUGUACAUUUUGCCAGUUCUAAGGACAAGAAUCCAAUUACAGCAUCCAUGAGUUACUUUGGAAUAAUACACGAAAUAUGGGAAGUUGAUUAUAUGACUUUUAGAGUGCCAGUUUUCAAGUGUAAAUGGGUUGAUAGUAAUUCGGGUGUUAGCACAGAUGACUUUGGCUUUACUUUGGUGGAUCUUAACAAGAUGAGUGAUACAAAUGAACCAUUUAUUAUGGCUAGUCAAGCAAGACAAAUUUUUUAUGUUAUUGAUCCAGCCAAUCAGAAAUUGUCAGUUGUAUUAGAAGGAAGAAACAUGCACGUAAAUGAUGAUGAAGAUUGUCUAGACAUACUUGAGACAACGUCUUUCUCAUCAAGAACCAUUCAAGACAAAGUUGAUGAUGUAACUGAUGACAUCCAUGCUAUUCGAAGUGAUCACAAUGAAGGUAUGACAAGCUCCGGAUCAGACCAGGAGGGACCUAGUAGAUCUGUGACUCGGUUGCCGGAUGUCACAAACCGAUGA